CUGCUGAGGUGCCAGUAACACAGCCAGCUCCUUCAUUUGAGAGUUGUUGGUUAUUUGUUGGAGGGUGUGCUGGAGGUUUCGUUGCUACGCUCUGAUACCGACUGUAUUCCUGUAGUUUUUUGGUUUGGCUGCAUACAAAAGGCAACAUGCUGAAGCUUGGGAACAUUUUAUUAUGGAACUUGAUGGCUGCAGUUAUCUUCUUGGGUCAAGCAAGGCCAAAUGUGAAGCUAAAUCCGCAGUCAAGCAGUGGGAUAAAGUCUGACUGUGCGGCAAAUGUGAUGAGACUGUCGUUGGACAAGGCUCUAGCAGUGGGGAACCAGCUUGAGGUGGAAGCUAUCAACGGCACCAAGCACAUUUUGUUAACACCGAACCUGGCGGCUCAGUGUGGAUACAGCAUGGAGUCUGACCCGUGGGGAAACACCAGAAUCUACACCUCUCUGAUGGGCUGCUAUGUGGACAACAAAGACGAUACAACAUUUAACGUUGGCUUGAGACUAAAGAUGUUUGGCGACGGUCUAUCAGACGUGGUCAGCCAUGCCGUGUCUCAGACUUGCAGCUACACUCGCUGGGCCUCCAGGGAGAUCCUCUGCGACAGGAACUACAUGGAAGUGUCUCACCGCUUGGUUACACGUGAUGCUGAAGUUAAGGGUCAGACUCGGGAUGGUAAAGACGACCAGCUCAACGCUAUUCCUGAAGCCUCUGGUGCAUCACAUGGUAUCUGGAAGCUGACGUUCUACACCCCAGAACCAGUAGCCAUGGUGCUGCAGGAGGCUGAACAAGCCGGCUACGCUGCCAAGACUACCUCGAGUCGUCUGGUUAUGCGAAGCCCGUACAACACAGCAGAGACUUAUUCAGAGGAUGUGGCUGGAGUCCCUAUGGACAUUUUCAGGGUGAGCGCUUACUACAAGGCACCUCAUGGUCUGAACGUGGUGAACCUGGCAGCUGCUUGUCCCACAGGUGGUGUACUCUUCACCGAGGAUAUGAUCUCUUGGCACGUUCCUCGCCGUGUGACUCCCAUGUUGGAUGGCAGCAUUACAGUCACAGAAAUGCACAUGGGCAUCAACGGGCAGAGGCUGGAUAGGUCUCAGAUGGCCACACGGGGGUACACACUAACCACCACAGACUUCCACGUCGUCGUCGAGAUCCCAGUGGGCUCGCCUGACGGUUACUACAAGAGCCAUGCCCCAGAUUACCAGUACCACAUCACCUACGUUGUGGAGCCCAUGCUUGAGGUACUGUGGAGGGCCGACGGCACCCAAGAAGAGACCAGAUACAAGGUUUUUUUCCCCAUUAUGACCCCUCUGAUGCUUCAACCUCUCCGCGUCCAAGAGGACACUGUCCCAGAGACCCGAGUCUUCAGUGUUCACUUGGGAACCUUCCUCCAAGACGUUGAGCUGAGGAACAUCACCUUCUCCACUGGGGUCCUCAGUGUUGAGGAGGGCAAUGCCAGAGGCUUCACAGUCCAGGAGCACAGCUUGGCUAAUGGAUCCAAGAGCUUCUCUCUACAAGUGCCCUUUGAUGCUGAUGUUGUCCUAAAACAUAAUCCUGAGCGCAUGAGUACAGCCUACUUCCUCCCUCUGAUCUUUGGGUUUAUCAUCCUGCCUGAAGAAACUCCUUUUGCUCUCCCAGUUGACCUGGAGGCCUCUCUGCAGGAUGUUGUGCUACCCAUCAUCACUGGCACCUGUGACGAGAACCAGUUUUACAUCAGUGUGAAAUACGGUAGUCAUGGAUCCAAUUUCCGGGCCAUGGUUGGACCACGAGACCUGACGCCUGAGAUGGCCGAAGACUACCAUUUCUAUGAAAACGGCACACACCUCAGCUUCAUCCUGCCAUACACUGCCAAGGACGCGCGUUUUGAGCUGCUCACUGCAGGAUCACUCAGAUCCAGAAUUGACCUGCUUCUGUUGGAUCGCGCCAACAACUGGGUGCUUGCUGAUCUCUACCUGGCCUGCUACUUCCCCUUAACAACAACUGAGUGCCACCCCAAUGGCACAAUGACUGCGCUGGCUGUGAAGGUGGAAUCGACCCCAAAUCUCGAGCCAAGCUGGCUGACUCUUAAGGACAAGUCCUGCACACCAGAGUUCAGCAACGACCAUUUUGCAUAUUUCUCUUUCAGUGUGGAUUCCUGUGGGACUACUCGAACAUUCUUUGACAACUACAUGAUGUAUGAAAAUGAGAUCGGCCUCUCUUACAACAGCGCCAAAGGGGCAGCCUACACAUCACCAAUUGAUCCCGCUUACAGGCAAACCAUUUCCUGCUUCUAUGUGGUCAAUGAGACACAGACUCUAGCCUUCAGCUCUAAACCAAAAACCUAUGAGCCUGCUGCAGAGAUCGGCACAGGGCAGCUGAUGGUGCAGAUGAGGCUAGCCCAAGAUUCAUACUACGAGCUCUUCUACCAAGCAGACGAUUAUCCAGUAGUGAAAUAUCUGCGGCAGCCUCUGUAUUUUGAGCUGGCACUGAUGCAGUCUACCGACCCGCAAUUGGAGCUUAUUGUGGAAAACUGUUGGGCCACCCUUUAUGAAGAUCGGACCUCUCUGCCAAACUGGGACCUCAUUCUGGACAGCUGUGAGAAUCACGAUGACAGUUACACAACCAUUUUCCAUCUUGUUGUGAGUGACUCCAGAGUUUUAGUCCCGUCCCACAUCAAACGCUUCUCUGUAAAGAUGUUCACUUUCACUAAAGAUGACGAAGUUCUGAAAGACCAGAUCUAUGUCCACUGUGAUGCCGUGAUCUGUGACACAAGCAGCCAGGCAGAUGGAGCCUGCAGAGGCCAGUGUGUGCAUCCUACAGGUCCGAGUAACUCAAGACAACCAGGGCUAAAACGGGAGCGAAGAAGUACAGACUCGUCACACCAAAGGCAGAUCUCCUCUGGGCUCAUCCUUCUAACAAACCUCUGAAUAAAAAAAAGACUACAGUUCUUAAA